AUGAUCCCAGAAGACAUUCUAGGUGCGGCAAUGCGACUAGAAGCGUUUAGCGACGCCGACUUUGCCGCCGACAAGACGGACCGGAAGUCAAUGACGGGCGGCAUCGUGAUGCUGAACGGAAUGGCCGUCAGCUGGGGUGCGUGGAAGCAGGGAGGCGUCUCCCUGUCGACGAUGGAGGCGGAAUUUGUCGCGCGCGAGCUGCUCGGCCUGCGCGAGAUGUUGUGCGAAGUGGGCGUAGAGCCCGCGCUUCCGAUGCAGUUGUGGGUGGACAACCAAGCGGUGAUCACGCAGAUCGCGGGAUAG